AGGAUUUAUGAAAAAGACAACCAAUUGAAAACCUAAUACUGUACUUUACUUCAUUGUAGAUCUCGCCCAUACUUAGAGAUUCAACUAGGGUUCUAAGCGAGACCCAGUAACGGUGCCUCAGGGGGUGCCACACAGUGCACUCAAUACUCUCUCUCUCACUCACUCUCUCAAUAUCUCUCUCCUUGCCUCCGCCCCUUAUCCCCAAUGGCAUCGAUCACCUCCCCAGGGCAACUUCUUAUUCCCAAUCUCAGUCCCUCCAUUCGCUCCCGGCGCAACUCCACCGUCUCUCGCGUACCCACCGCCUCAGCCAUCCGCCAACCCACCGGCGCCAUUCGACUACCCACCCUCCCUUCCCAGAACCCUAAACAUGCCGCCACUCGCCUACCCACCGCCUGUUCCCAAAACCCCGAACCUUCUAAAUCUACAUCUCGUAAACCCUCCCAAUCCCUCAAAAAAACCCUAGCCCUGUCCGGGGCCACCGGCGUCCUCUUUCUCUUUGGCACCUCUGUCGCUUACCUGGGUGGCAUUAGAGGUGGUAUUGGCGGUGGCGGAGGACCCGGUGGAGGCGGUGGCGGAGGACCCGGUGGUGGAGGUGGCGGAGACGGCGGUUUCUGGUCGAAAAUAUUCUCUUCUAUCGCGAUUGCUAAGGAAGACGAAUCACAAUCUCAAGAAUGGGACUCACACGGGUUACCUGCCAACAUUGUGGUACAGCUCAACAAGCUCAGUGGUUUCAAGAAAUACAAGGUCUCCGACAUUUUAUUCUUCGAUAGACUCCGGAGAAGCACCGUCGGCACCGAAGAUUCAUUCUUUGAGAUGGUUUCCCUCCGGCCCGGCGGUAUAUACACCAAAGCCCAAUUCCAGAAGGAGCUCGAAACCCUUGCUACCUGUGGAAUGUUUGAAAAGGUCGAUCUUGAAGGGAAGACCAAUCCGGAUGGUACGAUGGGAAUAACCAUAUCAUUCAUGGAGAGUACAUGGCAAUCCGCGGAUAAAUUUAGGUGCAUUAAUGUCGGUCUGAUGCCACAGUCGAAGCCAAUUGAAAUGGACCCGGACAUGACUGAGAAGGAGAAAAUGGAGUACUAUUUGAGUCAAGAGAAGGAUUAUAGGAGGAGAAUCGAUAGGGCAAGGCCAUGUUUGUUGCCAACGACAGUGCACAGAGAGGUGUUGUAUAUGUUGAGAGAGCAAGGGAAAGUGAGCGCCAGGUUGUUGCAGAAGAUUCGUGACCACGUUCAAAAGUGGUACCAAGACGAGGGGUAUGCUUGCGCUCAAGUUGUGAAUUUUGGUAAUUUGAAUACAAAGGAGGUGGUUUGCGAGGUUGUGGAAGGGGAUAUCACGCAGCUGGUGAUUCAGUUUCAGGAUAAGCUUGGAAAUGUAUGCGAGGGUAACACCAAUUUCGCUGUUUUGAGACGAGAAUUACCCAAACAGCUUAGACAAGGGCAUGUUUUUAACAUAGAAGCUGGGAAACAAGCUCUAAGGAACAUAAACACGUUAGCCUUGUUUUCUAAUAUUGAAGUCAAUCCAAGACCUGAUGAGAAAAAUGAGGGAGGGAUUAUUGUUGAGAUUAAGCUUAAAGAAUUAGAACAAAAGUCUGCUGAAGUCAGUACAGAGUGGAGUAUUGUCCCCGGACGCGGAGGUCGCCCUACACUGGCUUCAAUCCAGCCUGGUGGAACAGUUUCCUUUGAGCACCGAAAUCUCAAAGGGCUAAAUAGGUCCAUUCUUGGUUCAGUGACAACUAGCAACUUCCUCAACCCUCAGGAUGAUCUUGCUUUUAAGCUUGAGUAUGUGCAUCCAUAUUUAGAUGGUGUGACUAAUCCUCGCAACCGUAGUUUCCGCGCAAGCUGCUUUAACAGCAGGAAACUUAGCCCAGUGUUCACCGGUGGGCCAGGAGUGGACGAAGUCCCCCCUAUAUGGGUUGAUCGAGCUGGUGUCAAAGCUAAUAUUACAGAGAAUUUCACGCGUCAGAGCAAAUUCACUUACGGACUUGUGAUGGAAGAGAUAACAACCCGCGAUGAAAGCAGUCAUAUUUCUGCAAAUGGUCAAAGGGUGUUGCCAAGUGGAGGAAUUAGUGCAGAUGGACCUCCGACAACACUUAGUGGCACUGGAAUUGACCGAAUGGCAUUUGCACAGGCAAAUAUUACGCGUGAUAACACCAAGUUUGUAAAUGGAGCAAUAGUUGGUGAGAGGAAUGUGUUCCAGCUUGACCAAGGUCUUGGCAUCGGCAGUAAGUUUCCAUUCUUUAAUCGCCACCAGCUUACAUUGACACGAUUCAUCCAGCUAAAAGAAGUGGAGGAAGGUGCUGGUAAACCACCACCACCCGUGCUAGUCCUACAUGGCCAUUAUGGUGGUUGUGUGGGAGACCUUCCAAGUUAUGAUGCUUUUACACUUGGGGGGCCUUAUUCAGUGAGGGGUUACAAUAUGGGUGAGAUAGGUGCAGCCAGAAAUAUCCUGGAGCUUGCUGCUGAGAUGCGGGUACCCGUGAAGAACACACAUGUCUAUGCAUUUGCAGAGCAUGGUAAUGACCUUGGAAGUUCAAAGGAUGUGAAGGGAAACCCAACAGAGGUUUACAGGCGAAUGGGUCACGGUUCCUCAUAUGGUGUUGGGGUCAAGUUAGGCCUAGUACGAGCUGAGUAUGCCGUUGAUCACAACUCUGGCACUGGUACGGUGUUCUUCAGAUAUGGAGAGAGAUUUUGAGACGUGUUUCAUGGUUUUGCUGGUACAUUAACAUCGGUUUGUGUGACAUAAAGGAUUAUCAGAGCUAUUCUAGAUGUUGCGAGUUUUGAGUUAUCUAGAACGAUUAAGGUUUUUUAUAAGUUUCGUACUUUCCGCGGCUUAUCUUCAUUCUCAUGUAGUAUGGAAAUAUUUUAUUGUUGGAUAAUAAUCAAAUGUGGUAAAUACUUUUAUCUAUUUUUAUUUUAUUUUUGUGGUUUGAAACAGAGGACUCACAUUUUAAAUUUAUUUGAAAUGUUAUAUUUUAAACAGUA